CGUCUGCUAGAUGUCUGUUUUGCCCUUGAAAUAACCUUGCAUGCAUUAAAAAGUCUUAUCGGAAACAGUGGAGUGAUUUUUACUUUUUCUUAAUUAAAGAACAAAUGAUUUUCCAUUAUAUAAGACUUGAAAAGUUGUGAAUUUACUGUUUACAAGAAAAAUGUCGAUCAAAGUUGCAAGUACAGUUGUUGAAACUGUUGUUUUUGAGGGACAAAAACCGGGCACAUCAGGACUUCGAAAAGCUGUAAGUGUUUUUCAACAGAAACAUUAUACGGAGAAUUUUAUUCAGGCGAUUUUUGAUGCCCUGGGAAAUCAACUACAAGGAUCUACAUUAGUCGUUGGAGGCGAUGGACGAUUUUAUGGAAAAGAAGUUGUUGCAAAAAUUAUUCGAAUUGCUGCCGCUAAUGGGGUUGGAAAACUUUUGGUGGGACAAAAUGGUAUUCUCUCAACUCCAGCAGUAUCGACAAUUAUUCGAAAAUACAAAACACUGGGCGGCAUUGUUCUCACAGCGUCUCACAAUCCCGGUGGACCAAAUGGCGAUUUUGGAAUAAAAUAUAAUUGCGAAAAUGGUGGACCAGCGCCCGAUGCUGUUACAAAUAAAAUAUUUGAAUUGACAACAACGAUUAAAAAUUAUAAAAUUAUACCCGAAAUUUCUGUUGAUAUUGAUAAAAUUCAAACACAAACUUUAGAAGUUGAUGGACGAUCAUUUACCAUCGAAAUCAUUGAUUCUGUCAAGGAUUACGUUGAUCUUAUGAAGGAAAUUUUCGAUUUCUCCAGCAUUAAGAAAUUAUUACUCGGAAGCACAGAUCGAACGUCAUUUGAAGUUCUUAUUAAUUCCAUGAACGGAGUAACCGGGCCGUAUGUGAAGGAAAUUUUUGAAAAGGAAUUGGGAGUGAAGAGUUCAAAUUUGAUAAAUACAACGCCAUUGGAAGAUUUUGGAGGUUUACAUCCAGAUCCAAAUUUAACUUAUGCGGCGGAUUUAGUGAAUGCUGUGAAAAAUGGAACCUUUGAUUUUGGUGCUGCAUUCGAUGGAGAUGGAGAUAGAAAUAUGAUUAUUGGCAAGAAAGCAUUUUUCGUCACACCUUCCGAUUCGCUUGCUGUGUUGGCUAAUAAUUUAAAUGUGAUUCCAUAUUUUAAAAAAACGGGAAUUCGGGGCUAUGCUCGAUCAAUGCCAACUGGUGCGGCAGUCGACAGAGUUGCUGCGAAAACUGGAGUUAAUUGCUUUCAAGUUCCAACUGGAUGGAAAUACUUUGGUAAUUUAAUGGAUGCAGGUCGUCUAUCAUUGUGUGGCGAAGAAAGUUUUGGAACAGGUUCCGAUCACAUUCGCGAAAAAGAUGGAAUUUGGGCCGCACUCGCUUGGCUGAGUGUCGUUGCAAAUUUGGGAAAAUCCGUGGAGGAUAUUCUGAUGGAUCACUGGAAGACUUAUGGAAGAAAUUUCUUUACAAGAUACGAUUAUGAAAAUUGUGAAGCCGAAGGUGCGAAUAAAAUGAUGAAGGAUAUUGAGGAUAAAUUCAAAGCGCCACAAUUUAUAGGCGCGAAAUUGAAUUUUCAAAAAAAAGAAUAUAUCGUUAAGGAGGCCGAUAAUUAUUCAUAUAAAGAUCCGGUUGACAAUAGUGUCGCUGACAAGCAGGGUUUGAGAAUUUUAUUUGAAGACGGUUCGAGAAUAAUUUACCGACUUUCUGGAACUGGAAGUUCAGGAGCAACGAUUCGUGUUUAUAUUGAGAGUUAUGAGUCGGAUCCAUCGACAUUUACUGAAGACGCUCAAAAAAUAUUGAAGCCAUUAGUUGAUAUUGCGUUGCAAUUAAGUAAACUCAAGGAGUGCACUGGUAGAGAUGCCCCAACAGUUAUUACGUAAUUUCGAGUCUUCCAAUUUCAUCAACAUCAUUCAAGGAAAAACACGCGCACAAUAAUAUAACGAAUAUAAAUUUUAACAGAGAAAAAAAACUAUUUUCUAUUUUUAACUCUCAUGUCGAUUUUAUUAUAGUUUGAAGCUGAAAAUAUAAUAUUCACGUUGUCUUCAGAUUUCAGAAUGCAAGGGUUUUCAAAGUAUAUUUUAAUCAAUAUUUUAUUGAAAUAAAAAUCAAAUGAAAAAAAAUUUGUUUUUUAUAUCAACAUUUCCAAAGUUUUUAUUUUUCUAAAUUAAAAUUCUCUAUAAAAUUA